AUGUAUGCCGGGAAGAGGGCUGCUGGAUGUCAGACCUACCUGCUCACCACCUCCAGGCCUCUGUUACGUGCUGGAUGUCAGACCUACCUGCUCACCACCUCCAGGCCUCUGUUACGUGCUGGAUGUCAGACCUACAUGCUCAACAUCUGCAGACCUCUGUUACGUGCUGGAUGUGAGACCUACCUGCUCACAACUCCAGACCUCUGUUACGUGCUUGGAUGUCAGGACUACCUGCUCACCACCUCCAGACCGCUGUUACGUGCUGAAUGUCAGACCUACCUGCUCACCAUAUCCAGAUCUCUGUUACGUGCUGGAUGUCAAGCCUCCCUACUCACCACCUCCAGACUUCUGUUACAUGCUUGGAUGUCAGACCUACCUGCUCACACCUCCAGACCACUGUUACGAGCUGAAUGCCAGGCCUACCUGCUCACCACCUCCAGACCUCUGUUACGUGCUGGAUGUCAGGACUACUUGCUCACCACCUCCAAACCGCUGUUACGUGCUGGAUGUCAGGUCUACCUGCUCAACACCUCCAGACCUCUGUUACGUGCUGGAUGUCAUGACUACCUGCUCACCACCUCCAGAUAUCUGUUACGAGCUGAAUGCCAGGCCUACCUGAUCACCACCCCCAGACUUCUGCUACGCGUGGGAUGUCAGGAAUACCUGCUCACCACCUCCAGAUAUCUGUUACGAGCUGAAUGCCAGGCCUACCUGCUCAACAUCUGCAGACCUCUGUUACGUGCUGGAUGUGAGACCUACCUGCUCACAACUCCAGACCUCUGUUACGUGCUUGGAUGUCAGGACUACCUGCUCACCACCUCCAGACCGCUGUUACGUGCUGAAUGUCAGACCUACCUGCUCACCAUAUCCAGACCUCUGUUACGUGCUGGAUGUCAAGCCUCCCUACUCACCACCUCCAGACUUCUGUUACAUGCUUGGAUGUCAGACCUACCUGCUCACACCUCCAGACCACUGUUACGAGCUGAAUGCCAGGCCUACCUGCUCACCACCUCCAGACCUCUGUUACGUGCUGGAUGUCAGGACUACUUGCUCACCACCUCCAAACCGCUGCUACGUGCUGGAUGUCAGGUCUACCUGCUCAACACCUCCAGAUAUCUGUUACGAGCUGAAUGCCAGGCCUACCUGAUCACCACCCCCAGACUUCUGCUACGCGUGGGAUGUCAGGAAUACCUGCUCACCACCUCCAGAUAUCUGUUACGAGCUGAAUGCCAGGCCUACCUGAUCACCACCCCCAGACUUCUGCUACGCGUGGGAUGUCAGGAAUACCUGCUCACCACCUCCAGAUAUCUGUUACGAGCUGAAUGCCAGGCCUACCUGCUCACCUCCUCCAGACCUCUGUUACGUGAUGGAUGUCAGGACUACUAG